AUGAUGGACUCACGCAAACAACUAUUUCCCCUGUUAUGUCUUCCCCUUGUGCUUCUACUUCUCUCAGGACAAAUGCAGUUGCAAGCUGAGGCUCGCUUGCGCCGUGAACAAUGGAAAAAGUUGUUCGUAUUUGGCGACUCAUAUGUUGACACUGGAAACACAAGAAAAGACCAACUUGGUUCCUGGAAAGAGCCUUAUGGCAUAACUUUUCCUGGAAAACCAGCUGGAAGAUUCUCGGACGGUAGAGUUCUAACGGACUAUAUUGCUAAGUAUUUGGGACUGAAAUCGCCACUCCCCUACCAAUUUAGGAAAGUGAUGAAGCAACAUUUGAAAUAUGGGAUGAAUUUUGCAUUUGGUGGUACUGGAGUCUUUAACACAUUAUCUUCAAAUCCAAAUAUGACAAUCCAGAUUGAUUUCUUCAAGCAGCUCAUAGAAGAAAAUGUGUUCACUGCCUCAGAUCUCAGCAACUCUGUGGCCCUUGUCUCCGUUGCAGGAAAUGAUUACAGUUACUACUUGGCCACAAAUGGCUCUAUCGAGGGUUUCCCGUCUUUCAUUGCCUCAGUGGUUAAUCAAACUGCUACUAAUUUGCUUAGCAUCCAAAGGUUGGGAGUAAAGAAAAUUGUUGUGGAUGGUUUACAACCGCUUGGUUGCCUUCCUCAAACCACAGCCUCAUCCUCGUUCCAGCAUUGCAAUAGUACAUUUAACAGCCUUGUAUUUCUCCACAACAACCUAUUGAACCAAACUGUGACCAAGUUGAACCAACAAACCAAGGAUCACUCCACCUUUAUAAUUCUUGACCUUUAUGAUAGUUUCAUGUCAGUGUUGAACCACUCUUCUACUAAUCACAUUAAGGACCAGUUUAAGCCAUGCUGCGUUGGUGUAAGUAGCCAAUAUUUUUGUGGGAGUGUAGAUGAGCACAAUGUGAAGAAAUAUACGGUUUGUGCUAAUCCCAAAUCGGCUUUCUUUUGGGAUCUAUUGCACCCAACUCAAGCAGGUUGGAAUGCUGUGUAUAGAAACUUGGAAACGACAAGUGCUCUUCGUCAACUGCGAUACUAG